AUCUAAUAAAGCAUUACAAAUUAGGAGUAAAAAACAUAGAACUUCCCAAUUCCCAAAUUAUAGACUGAAGUAGGUGAGCCGUGGAAGAAUUAACCAUCGUCUUUCCCUAAUUCCAUCUUUUUGGCUAUUGCACCUUCAAAGAAUCAAAAUCAUGGGAGUUCAACCUAAAAUUGCUCCAUCUAUGCUAUCCUCAGACUUCGCCAAUUUGGCUUCCGAAGCUCAACGUAUGCUUGAUUGUGGUGCUGAUUGGCUCCAUAUGGAUAUUAUGGAUGGGCACUUUGUCCCAAAUCUUACAAUCGGUGCUCCAGUUAUUGAGAGUCUAAGAAAGCACACCCAGGCGUAUUUGGACUGCCAUCUUAUGGUCACAAAUCCCCUUGCUUAUGUGGAGCCAUUAGGAAAAGCUGGUGCUUCUGGAUUUACGUUUCAUGUUGAGGUUUCGAAAGAUAACUGGCAAGAUCUUGUUGAAAAGAUAAAGUCUAAAGGAAUGAGGCCUGGUGUUGCACUGAAGCCUGGGACACCUAUUGAAGAAGUUUACCCUCUGGUGGAAGGACAUAACCCAGUUGAAAUGGUCCUUGUUAUGACUGUGGAGCCAGGAUUUGGCGGGCAAAAGUUUAUGCCAGAAAUGAUGGAUAAGGUUCGUGCAUUGAGGAAGAAAUAUCCAUCCCUUGAUAUUGAGGUGGAUGGUGGUCUGGGGCUGUCUACUAUUGACGCUGCUGCUUCAGCUGGCGCAAACUGUAUUGUUGCUGGAAGUUCAGUGUUUGGUGCCCCAGAACCAGCUCAUGUUAUUCAAAUAAUGCGGAAGAGCGUGGAAGACGCACAGCAGUAGGCAGAAUCUGAAAUUUUAGGAAGCAUAGUGAGUUGCUCAAACUUCCGUUUUUGAACAUUGAAUGGGUUGCAUAAAUAUACUGAACCAAAAUUAUAUUUCUUGACUUCAGAAACUUUAUAGAUUGGCGAUACCACUGUGUUAUAGUAUGUUAUACCAAAUGUAUGUGUAAUGUGUAUCAAGCAUCGCUUGAAGAUUAAUAAUGGCUUCUCCAUCAUGACUCAUGAGUUGGGGUUUUUUCCCUAUCCUCUGAUCAUAAAUUUGGAUUGUGUUUGAGAAUGUUAUAGCAGCCUUCUUUCCAAUGUUCACCUUCUGGGGUGGACCCCUCUUAACCUCCAAAAAUUUGUCACUCCAACUUUUCCCAUUUCUUAUGAAAGUCUACUUUUAUUUUUGCU